UUUUCCUAGUUAUUAGUGCUAAUUAUUUUGCUUUCAAAGCUGCUGAACACCGCACCCGGACCCCUCCUCCUCCCCACCUCCUGUCUGCUCUGGUAUCUGCCCUCUGACAAGUGACAACCCCCUCCCCGCUGUCCUCAUUUUCCCCAAGACUAAAAAGAAAAAAAAAAUUCCAUCAUUCCAUUUUUGUUUUCUUUUUAUAUCAAAACACCUCAUCCAAAUCCCAGCGCACUCCGUCUCAACGCACACUCUCUCACAUUCUGGUUCAAUUAAUAUUUGGUUGCUUAUGCGGUCAGUCAUGGAGGUGUUAGCUUACUUCCGAGACUAUUAGCGUUAGCAAGUGUUCGACUGACUUAAAUGCUGCAAGCAAAAGUACAUUAUUGUAUGCUGCAUGGGGAAAAAAGUAGGAUCCUCUUGGUUGACCGCUGUCAAAAGGGCAUUUAGAUCUCCCAGUAAAGAUAGUGAGAAAAAGAAUUGCAGAAGGAAAGAUGGUGACAAUGAAGAUGAACCGGAAGAGGAAGAAGAAAAGAGAAGGGGGAAACGAAGAUGGCUCUUCCGGAAGCCGACCAACCACGAAGGUUUGACCCAACAAAUGCCCGCGCUUAAACCACCAAAUGCAGUGGAUAUCGCCGCAGCAUCUGGAUCCAUGACUGCUCAAGCAGCUGCUGCGGAACAAAGGCAUGCCAUUGCUGUGGCAGUGGCGACCGCAGCUGCUGCCCAGGCGGCAGCGGCCACAGCCCAGGCAGCAGCAGAAGUUGCCAGGCUUGCCAGGCCACCACCUUCAAAUUAUGCGAGGGAGCAUCAUGCUGCUACUCUUAUUCAAAGAGCUUUCAGAGGGUACCUGGCAAGGAGAGCUUUUCGUGCGCUCAAAGGUCUGGUAAGAUUGCAAGCAUUAGUAAGGGGUCACAAUGUCCGGAAGCAAGCCAAGAUGACCCUCAGAUGCAUGCAAGCCCUAGUUCGAGUGCAGGCUCGAGUACUUGACCAACGAAUAAGGCAAUCUAGUGAUGGAAGCAGAAGAUCGACUACAUUUAGUGACACCAACAGCAUCUGGAGCUCGCGCCAUCCACAGGACAUUUCUGAUCGAAAAUCUAUGUCGAGAGAUGGCAGUAGCAUUCCCGAUGAUUGGGAUGAUCGGCCACACACUAUAACCAUUGAGGAGGUCAAAGCGAUGUUGCAAGAUAGGAAAGAAGCUGCUUUAAAGCGGGAGAGAACCUUAUCUCAUGCCUUCUCUCAGCAGAUGUGGAGAGCAGGAAGGAAUUCAUCUUUCGGCAGCGAGAAUGAGCUUAUUAGGGAAAAUCACCAACGGCUGGAUAGAUGGAUGGCCGCAAAGCCGUGGGAGAGCAGCAGGGGGAGGGCAUCCACCGAUCAAAGGGACUCUGUUAGAACUGUUGAAAUUGAUACUGCUUCCAAUUCCCGCAGGCCGAGCCAACAUCAAAGGCCUGGCUCACCUCUUCAUAGGUCGUCCCAACAAGCUCAAUCUCUCCACUCUCCUGUCACACCUUCUCCGUCCAAAACAAGGCCUCUCCAAGUCCGCUCCGCCAGUCCUAGAUAUGCUGCAGUGGAAGAAAGAUGCGGUCAUACAGCUCAAACCCCAACACUGAGGUCUAAUUACCACCAUUACAGCGGUGGUGGCCUGCACCAACAAUCCAGAGGCAUGACCGGUGCGGUGCCUAAUUACAUGGCCGCAACAGAAUCUGCUAAAGCUAGAAUCCGCUCUCAGAGUGCACCGCGACAGAGGCCCGCCACUCCAGAGAGGGAAAGGGCGGGCUCGGUUAAGAAGAGGUUGUCGUUUCCUGUCCCGGACCCAUAUGGUGCAGGCACGGGCUACGGAGAUUAUAUGAGAAGCCCAAGCUUUAAGAGUGCUUGUGGAGUGCAUCUGGGGUUUGAACAGCAGUCUAACUAUUCAUCUUGCUACACCGAGAGUCUGACAGCAGGGGAGAUUUCACCUUCUUCGACCGGCGACUUGAGAAGGUGGUUGAGGUGAUUGAGCAUUGAAGGGGAAGAAGAGAAAAGCUUCGAUCGAGCAUUAGAUUUGGAGGGCCCUCGUAAUCUGUACUACUUGCUUCUUCAACUCCCAAUUUGACUGCGUAUUUUUUGCUUAGUUCCAGUUAUAUUUAUGUCCCCUCUUUGCUCAUCA